CUUGAAAUGGCCUGGGAGCGCUUCGUAGACCUCGUACCGGAGAGACUCAUUUUUGCUCUCGACCCAUCGUCGAAUCCAUACUCCAACAACUCGGAUGCACAACUGGAGAAACCAGAGAACAUGCAGGCAACAAAAAGCGAGGUUCUCCGGAAGGCCCUCCGCCUGGAUGGGCUCGGCUUGUUCAAGAGCCCUCAAAGCGAUGGGCCUCUGCGUGGGAUCAGCACGUUGAUGAAGGGGACUCCGAGUGAUGCGCCGCCAGGGCUAGGAAACUGGGACAACUCUUGCUACCAGAACAGCGUAAUACAGGGUCUUGCAUCUCUUCCUUCCUUGAAAGCAUAUCUCACAUGCACCACCUCCGAAUUCCCCGGCCUUUCAUGGAGCACGACAAACGGAGCACUAUUUGAUACCAUAUCUCGGCUGCACGAUCACGAGAACUUCGGACAGCGGCUCUGGACUCCUGGCAAGCUCAAAUCAAUGAGUAGCUUCCAACAACAGGAUGCGCAGGAAUAUUACUCGAAAAUCUUGGAUGAGUUGGAUAAGGAGAUAUUGAAAGCCCUGAAGGACGCUGGCACAUCCAAGUCUCGUGGCCUUUCGGAUGCCGAAGACCUGGUCAACCAUUGUGAUUCAGAGCGCACACAAACUGGACGAGAAGAUAACGGGGACUCUACACCAACAAGCGACAUAUCAAAAAGCGGCCAUGCGGGACUGCAAAACCCCCUCGACGGCUUGCUAGCUCAGCGAGUAGGAUGCAUAAACUGCGGAUACACCGAAGGCCUCUCCAUGAUACCAUUCAACUGCAUCACGGUUCCCUUGGGGCGUGAGUGGGUCUACGAUGUUCGAGACUGUCUCAGCGAGUACACCAAGCUGGAAUACAUCGAGGGUGUAGACUGCGCCAAAUGCUCUCUACUCCGCACCCAAAAGACACUCCGCAGCUUAAUGGAAACCCAGAAGGACAAAAUGCCCGAGGGUCUCCGCAUCAAUGUCCAGUCGCGUCUUGACGCUGUCACCGAAGCAUUGGAUGACGAUGACUUUGCCGAUAGCACCUUGAUCAAAAAGUGUCAGGUGCCCAAAAAGAGCUGGGUGUCUAGCACAAAAUCGAGACAGGCUGUAAUUGCGCGGCCUCCCAAAGCUCUCGUCAUUCAUGUCAACCGCAGCGUAUUCGACGAACUCACAGGCGCCCAGAUGAAGAACUACGCAGAGGUGCGGUUUCCGAAGGACUUGGAUCUUGGCCCCUGGUGCUUAGGUAGCCGAUCUGGACGCGAUGAAGAGUGGACAGAGGAUCCAAACAUGUCAAUGAUUGCUGAUUUGGACGAGGACUUGGAACCAUCGCCCUUCAAAUUCACUCUUCGGGCCGUCGUUACUCAUUACGGCCGUCACGAGAACGGCCAUUACAUUUGCUACCGGAAGCAUCCUACCAUCAGCAGCGACUCCAAUGACCGAGUGGUUUCGAAAGAGUCGUUUUCCGAUAACGAAAGCGACUCACCCCAACUUGACCAAUCUUGGUGGCGUCUCAGUGACGAAGAUGUCUCUAAGGUGUCGGAAAGCCAUGUUCUCGGCCAAGGAGGUGUCUUCAUGCUAUUUUACGAACGCUGUGAAAGCGAUCCACCUCCACCUUCACAAGUCUCUUCCGGAACAGCUAUCGACUCAUCAUUUGAUGCGCUCGCCAUUACCUCGCCAUCUACACGCAGUGUUGCCGAGAUGGAUGACGGCUUUGAUAUGGCGCAAAGUGCUGCUGGGGUGCCGCUUCCAGAAGAUGAGGAUGACAGAGAGCUUGAUCCAUCUUGUCAGUCCUAUGUUGCUCCCUCCGAUCCAAGUCGUGAAGCGACGGUGGAAUCGACGGACAUCGGACCUAAAUCCUCAUUCCCGCUUGCGAAUGUUUCUAACAGCAUUCAGUCUUCUCAAGCAGGAUAUUCUAGCGCCUCAUAUCCAACCUCGCCGCCCGACGAACUCAUGUCUUUAUCGACGAGCUCCGAUAGGCAAGAUCUCAGCUUCUCAGAAACCAAUGGCUCUCUCUCAUCACAAAUGACCAGCGACGACGACGUCGUCCCCGAAGCUGACUGUUUACCUGUGGAUGCACCUGCACGUCAACCCUUGGCAGCCCAAAGCCCAGCGUAUAUGAGAACCGCAGGCACGUCAGGCAGUCGCAGGAAUAAUGGGUCUAGGUCUUCUCUGCCGAUGGUUGCUGCUACAUAAGGUUUGUCUUUAUUUUUGUCUUCAAACUUCAUGACCGUAAUGGGUUUUACGAAUAGCGUUGGAUCACUAGUCUGGCGUUUUAGGGGCCUUUGCCGUCACGGCGGCGUUCCGGCGCUGCAUGAGGGAAUAAGGGUAGGCGUUUUCGUGGUUGCAUUUGGGGUCGGGCACACUAGAAACCUGCCCGAAUAUUGAGAUGAUUAAUAGAAUGUGGUGUCUUGAAGGUGUUGUCUUGGUGGUUUGUUGCGGCACGAUCUGGACCUGGUUUAGCCAGCAGUCUUACCAGUACGAUAAUGAAAUAUGACCCCAUCUUUCGACUCGAUAAUCUCACAUCGACCUCAUGGUCUUUUGUUUCUAUGCAUACCUUCAUUUUCAUGCGGAUCACGCCUGUUGCUUUGUUGCAGAAUGUAUUGUGUGAUAAUCUUUACAGUGGUCGAGCGGGUGAGCUUAAUAGGAUCUUUCAUCACCUGGCUGUGCGCCUG